CUGCCCAGGACUCCCCCCAGUACAUUAAUAACCCCCUCAUUACCCAUUACUGGCAGCUCAAUCCCUGUUUCAUUCAGAGGGCUCCGUCCACAAGGGUCAGGUAUCACAUAAAACGCCAAGAUGUCGAAAGUGUCCAAUACACGCAAAAAUCACCUGAAGAGCUUGAUGCUCCAGGUGGCCAAAACUGCUCUAGAGAAAGAAGAAGCAGAUAUCGCCGCUGAGAAGGAAAGCUACCUUGCGGAACACUGUGCUCCCCUAAGUAUGCCACAUUCUCUGCAGGACCUACAGGAAUUGUGCAAGAAACUACAUGCCAAGAUUGAUGUAGUGGAUGAGGAAAGGUACGACAUGGAGGUCAAAGUCCAGAAGAGCAGCAAGGAGCUGGAAGACUUAAACCAGAAAAUCUUUGACCUGAGAGGUAAAUUCAAAAGGCCAGCACUCAGACGUGUGCGUAUGUCUGCUGACGCCAUGCUUCGCGCUUUGCUUGGUUCCAAGCACAAGGUCAACAUGGAGCUCCGUGCCAACCUCAAGCAAGUCAAGAAAGAGGACACCGACAAGGAGAAGGAUCUCCGUGAUGUGGGUGACUGGCGUAAGAACAUUGAAGAAAAAUCCGGCAUGGAAGGCAGAAAGAAGAUGUUCGAGUCUGAGGCUUAAGCCCCUUACCACGACCACGGCUAUCUUCAACCCCAAACUGCCAAAAGACACCCGCUUUACCAUGUCACAGUGUUUCCCCUGGCAACUCCCGGGGUUAACCCCUCUGCUGCUCAACUUACACAUGUCUUCAGCAGCCAAGGGGUUAAUGAAGUCUUACCUCCACCCUGUCCUCUCCUCACUUUAAACACAAGAAAAUAAUGUCUUACAGUAUGUUUUGGACUGUUGAGGGGGACUCAAGUUUUGUUGUUUCCCUCUGUAUUGGCCACAGUCUGGUUCUGCAGGUGCUGUGUUAUGUGGACGUGAGAGCAUAACCGUGUAAAUAAAGCUUGUGACGCACUUCUGAUUUGUGAUACCACACUG